AUGAAGAUUUGCCUGAUCAAUUCCUCCUACGAGGGCGUCGACUCGCCCUUCGAGAAGUACGAUGAAUUCCCCGACCCCAAUCGCUACAUCUCCAAAGAACACCACGAGUUCAUCACGCGCUACGUGACCAAAGCCAACGCCAAAGCCGAGAUCGACGAAAUCUGCAAGGAGGAUUUCGACAUGUUCAUGAACUACAUGUGGGGCAUCGAAUCCGACGACGUUGCCGGCGUCGAAGCAACCCGCUACCUCGAAUCCAAAGGCGUCCCCAUCCUCACCAACCCCUCGACCUUCCUCUCCAAGACCAAACUUGACCUCCAGAGAGCCGCCAAGAAAGCCCCGGGAACGAGCCUACGCAUCCCCGGCAACACCCCCGACAAAUACCCCAAAAUCGUCAAAUACAGCGACGGCUACGGCUCGCUGAACCUCGACGAAGGCUCCAUCUGCUCCUCCGCAGAAGAAGUAUCUACUCGCGUCGCCCUCCUUCAACAAAGCAACACCACCUUCGGCACCCUCGUUCAAGACUACAUCAUCGGCCGAGAAUGCUCCGCCAUAGUCGUCGAAAUGGGAUCCGAAGUCGUCGCCCUCGACCCCCUCCAAUACGUCUUCCCAGACCAUACACCUGCCAACGAAGCCUUCCUCACCUGGACCAACAAGUUCGAAGCCGUCGAAAACGGCAUAAUCAAAUACGCCUUUGUCGAUGAGCAGCCCCACCGACGCAAUCUGCAAUCCGCAGCCAUCGAAGCCUUCAAGGCCCUCGGCGUCACCGGCGGCGGGGCGUGGGCUCGCGUCGACAUGCGGUUAGAAGAAAGCACAGGAACCGUGUACGUAAUCGAAGUAAACUGUAUUCCCGUGGUCUUCUACCCAAAGGGCAAUACACUGGGCGACGACCUCGUCGUCGGAGAACGGUUCCCCGGUGCCCAGAGGGCCUUUUUCGAUAUGAUGCUGGCCACGAAGCUGAUGCAGCUGGGUCGGCAUACGGCGCAGACGGCGCACCUCGCGCAGGUGUAUGAUCGGUUUGCGCCGUCUUAUACGGCGGUCUGGGAGGCUGCAGGGUUGAGUACCAUUCAGAAGUUUCUGGUCGCGGAGUUUGAUUACUCGGGCAGCGUGUUGGAUGUGGCGUGUGGGAAUGGGUCGUUUGGGAAGGUUCUGAGUGCUGGGGGGGUGAAGGCGGAUGUUGUUGGCAUUGAGCUGUCGCCGAAGAUGUUGGAGGAUGAGGAGGUGGGGAGGUGCUAUAAGGAGGUGAGGUUGGGGCCGAUGGAGGAGUUGAUUAUGGGCGCAGGAGAACACGACCACAUCACCUGUUUCGGGGCCCUGCAUUUCCUCGACACGGUGUUCUUGAACGCUGUCCUGGCGAGGAUGUUCAUGCUUGCGCGCAAAUCGGUGACUUUCGAAGUGGAUGAUAUCAGCGAGGCGUAUAUCCAAGGCAUUAAGGAGAAGCAUGGGGAGCUCACGUUCAAUGCGAAUCAUGUCCGGGCAGUGGAGGACUUUGGAGUCCCGAAUGGGUGGAAGAGGGUGUAUUGCGAAAAGAGUCUUAUAUAUAAUUCCCCGACGACUGGGAAUGAUGUGUAUGGGUAUACGAUGCGGUUUGAGAGGGUUUAG